ACCAAGUCCUCAAAGAGUGGGGACAAGUGGACUCUGCGAGCGACCACAUGAACAUGUACAGGAACUUGCGAAAGCAGAACUUGCAGGAAGAGAACCAAGCCGUCGCCUUCAGCGAGGACCACCAGUGUUAUAAGAUUGUGGUGGAUGCACAAGACUUCAAGGAAGGCGACGUCAAGGUCAAGGUGGUGGACGAGAAUGAGCUAACAAUCGAAGGCAAUUUGGAGAUCAAGCGAGACGAUUCCGUGUCCAGCAAGAGUUUCUUCCGCCGUUUCUGCUUCCCAGGACUCGUGAGCGCCGACACCGUGACGUCCGGGAUGUCAUCUGACGGCAUCCUCACUGUUACUGUACCAAAGACAACAUCGGGAUCGAAGGCCAGUGCGGUUUCUGAAGCGUCAAAAUCUCAGGUUUCCCAGACUUCAUCUCAAAACACAGAAGACAAACAAACUCUCACAAAGGUAUCCAAAUCAGAACAGCAAAGUUUUCGUUCCGAGUAUCAGAAUGCAUCUACCAGAAGGACUGAAGCGACAUCGUCACUCGCAAACAAAAUUACAAGUGAGGAAAACCAAGAAGGCGCCAAUAGUAGAAUCUGUGAAAGCGGAAGCUCGCUUCUAGAAAGCACACAGUCAAGCAAGGACGCAGUGGACGACCAGUGGCUUCCCAUCUCCUCGAAGGGUCAUUUCUUCUCUGAUUCCUUCUUCGAAGACGUCCGUAAGGACUUCGAAACGGCUGUCAAUGAAGUCCUCAGCAGGCAUGACAUCAUGAGGAGUGCCAACGACGAACUCUCCUGCUACCGAAGUCUCCGGGAACGUGAGCUCAAGGAUGAGACUCAGGCGAUGAAGACCACGGAAGAUCAACACGGAUUUAAGGUGAGCAUAUGACGUCUUGGU